GCGGCCCCAGGAAAAAGGGAGCCGCUUCGGAUCCGGCCGGCGGCGCUUGGCUGCGGCGGGAUCCCCGAGCCGGGGCUGGAGAAGCCGUUACCCGCGGCCUCCGGGCCCAGUCGACUGCCGGCGGCCGCCAUGAGCGCCGCGGCGGCCUCGGAGCGGGAGGAAGCUUCGGCCUCGUCGUCGACCUUGUCCCCCUCAGCUGAGGAGGGAGGCGGCCACGGGGAGCCCCAGCUGAGGGCAGAGGAGGCGGCGGAAGAAGCGGAGCGCGAGGCUCGGCAGUUCGCCCUCUACCUGGCCCCUGAGGCGGGGCGAGAGGGGCGCGAGGAGGUGAAAGAAAUAGAGGAGUCUAUAGAAGAGAUGUUAAUAAGACUGGAUGAGUUCUGUGGCAUGACUGAUCUGAUUAGAAGCAAUACAUCCCAACUCUUGGAUGAGGCAAUUCCACUAAUUAAAGCCAAGGUGAUAGAAAUGAACAGCAUCUAUACCAAAGUGGAUAAGCUAGAGGCAUUUGUGAAAAUGGCAGGACACCAUGUCUCUUUCCUAGAAAAACAAGUCCUCGAGGCGGAGAAGGCUCACGCCAUCUUUCCCUACACUGUGCAGAAGCUGUUUGGCUCAGUAGCUACACCUUCAUUUAAAAAAAAACAUGCCACAGCUUCGCAGCACACUUACAGCCUGCCAGAACUCUACAGAACUGAAGAUUAUUUUCCUAUCAAAUAUAUAGGCAGCAAGUACCAGAACCACUAAGGCUGCAUUUAAUCGUCUCUAGCAUUUGAGAGAACUUGAUCCGAACAGCUACAGGGAUAGAGUAAAAUAGAUGUUAGACCAAAGAAGGGAAGAGUGGUAAUAUUUCUGCCUUUUUAUCUUUCCCAUGAGGGAGAAACUAAUCCCCAGAUUUGCUGGUUUCCAAGUAUUGAUGGCCCUUGCGCUAUGACAAAAAACUUUAUACAGUCUUGUUGCUUUGCUUCCAUUUGGCAUUUGAGACAGGUUUAUGUAAACAAAGCAGGAAUAGCACAUUUAAGAUGUCAAAAUUGGAUGAAACUUACUUACCUUAAGUACCAUGGAUUGCAGCAAGAAGCUAUUUUCCUACUCUGUGCCUAACUGCUGCAAUCUUUCAUUUAUACCAAGGCUGUUGCAGUGUAGAAAUCCAAUUUUGAAAGUUGCCUAAUAAAGUGGCACAAUCUUACUUACCUCCCCCCUUCCAAAUAGCACAUAUUCUUCUGAAGUAUAACUUGAAUGGUUUAGUUCUGGAAAAUGCUUGUUAUUGAACCACAGCAUGUUCAAAACACGCAAAUUAAAAUACGUAAUGCGCACUAAAGAGA